CGGCGCGCUCUCCGCCUCGAGCAGCCGCCCGCAGCCAAGAGCGAAGUUACUGUGUGUCAGCACAUGCUGAGGAACGAGGGCCUGCUUCCACCUACCACAACGCCCACGCCAUCAUUGCUGCCUUCAGGAACAUGCCGAGUGGCCGAGGAUGGCCACAAAGGAACCAAGAACUCCUCUCUUAGCAUAAGUGGUGGCUCAGAGAGAGAAAUGGUGGGGCAGACCCUGUUAGCCACGUCCAGAGAAGCCCACCUAACUAGGAGCAUUGCCACUCAGGAUGGCAACAGCCUGGAGACUUUUGACCUGGGCUCUCAUCUCUGCCGUGGUGAUGGGCAACUUCCCUGGCUACACAUUCCAGUCUCAAGAGGAGUUCCUCUCCAGCCUCGACCACUAUGAAAUUGCCUUCCCCAUCCAGGUGGACCAAAACGGCGACUUCCUGACCUUUGACGUGAAGCGCCCAUGGAAACGGAGGUCUCGCCGCAGCCCAGACCCCUCGCCAGAACAGCAGGUCUUUUACAAAGUCUCCGCUCACAGGAUUCAGUUUCUUCUCAACUUGACCCUGCAUGCCAACUUGCUUGCGGAGCAUUUCCAGGUGGAGUACUGGAAACGGGAUGGAAUAGACCAGCAACACGAAUUCCACGAAGACUGCCACUACGCCGGUCAUUUGCAGGACCAGUAUCUGAACUCAAAAGUUGCCAUCAGUAACUGUAACGGUUUGCAUGGUGUAAUAAUAGCUGAGGAUGAGGAAUAUUUCAUUGAGCCACUGAAACCUGGUGCCAACAUCAGUGGCGGGCACGAGGGUGAAGGAAGUCCCCACGUGGUAUACAAACGGUCAUCUCUCCAGCACCCACACAUGGAUGUUGCAUGUGGCGUGUUAGAUGAGAAGCCGUGGAAAGGUAGGCCGUGGUGGCUGCGUACUCUGAAGCCCUCUCCACUGAAGCCGUUGGGCAACCUCACACAGCGAGGACAGCUGCCCUUGAAGCGGUCAGUCAGCACAGAGCGUUACGUGGAGACCCUCGUGGUGGCCGAUAAGAUGAUGGUGGGCUAUCACGGCCGACGGGAUAUUGAGCAGUACAUCCUGGCCAUCAUGAAUAUUGUUGCUAAACUUUUUCAGGACUCAAGUCUGGGCAAUAUAGUGAAUAUCCUUGUGACCCGCCUUAUCCUUCUGACAGAGGACCAGCCAACCCUGGAAAUCAACCAUCACGCUGGCAAGUCCCUCGACAGCUUCUGCAAGUGGCAGAAGUCCAUCGUGAGCCGUAAUGGCAAUGGAAAUGCCCUCCCUGAGAACGGCAUUGCCAACCAUGACACUGCUGUUUUGAUCACCAGGUAUGAUAUUUGCAUCUAUAAGAACAAGCCCUGUGGCACUCUAGGGUUGGCUCCCGUGGGUGGCAUGUGUGAACGAGAGCGGAGCUGUAGCAUCAAUGAAGACCUCGGCCUCGCCACAGCCUUCACCAUUGCCCAUGAGAUUGGCCACACGUUUGGCAUGAACCAUGAUGGAGUUGGAAACAGCUGUGGUUCCCGGGGGCAGGAGACGGCCAAGCUCAUGGCAGCCCACAUCACCAUGAAGACCAACCCUUUUGUGUGGUCCACGUGUAGUCGAGAUUACAUCACCAGCUUCUUGGACUCUGGAAUGGGACUGUGCCUAACCAACACCCCACCCAAGCAGGACUUUGUCUACCCAACAGUGGCACCUGGCCAGGCCUACGAUGCGGACGAGCAGUGCCGUUUUCAGUACGGAGUUAAAUCUCGCCAGUGUAAAUAUGGGGAAGUCUGCAAUGAGCUCUGGUGUCUUAGUAAGAGCAACCGCUGUAUCACCAACAGCAUCCCUGCUGCAGAGGGGACCAUCUGCCAAACGAACACCAUAGAGAAGGGGUGGUGCUACAAAAGAGAAUGUGUACCCUUUGGCACGAAGCCAGAAGGUGUAGAUGGAGCGUGGGGGGGCUGGUCUUCUUGGGGAGAGUGCAGCCGAACGUGUGGGGGUGGCGUCUCUUCAUCCAUCCGCUACUGCGACAGUCCCCGACCAACCAUUGGAGGGAAAUACUGUCUUGGGGAAAGGAAGCGCUAUCGAUCGUGUAACACGGAUGAUUGCCCUUCCGGCUCACAGGACUUCCGAGAGGUGCAAUGCGCUGAAUUUGAUACCAUCCCUUUCCGAGGAAAAUAUUACACCUGGAAGACAUACCGAGGUGGAGGCGUCAAGUCCUGCUCUCUCAACUGCCUUGCUGAAGGUUUCAACUUCUAUACAGAACGUGCUGCAGCUGUGGUGGACGGAACCUCUUGCCGCCAGGACUCCAAUGACAUUUGCGUAAGCGGAGAAUGCAAGCACGUGGGCUGUGAUCGUAUCCUGGGCUCAGAUACUAAGGAGGACAAAUGCCGAGUAUGUGGGGGAGACGGAAGCUCCUGUGAAACCAUCGAAGGAAUCUUCAACCACUCAUUGCCCGAAGGAGGCUAUGAAGAGGUGAUAUGGAUUCCCAAGGGAUCAGUGCAUAUCGACAUCCGAGAACUCAAUCUUUCUCUGAACUAUCUGGCUGUAAGAGGAGAGAACAAUGAAUACUUUAUCAACGGGAAGCUCUCUAUAGACCCUCCACGGCGAUUUGACAUUGCUGGGACCACCUUCCACUACCGGCGCGCUCAGGACGAGCCAGAGUCCCUGGAGGCCCUUGGUCCAACCAACAUCACCCUCAUCAUCAUGGUUCUCGUGCGGGAAGAAUUGCAAGGGAUUCGGUAUAAAUUCAAUGCACCCAUCGCCCGUAGCACUGUAGCCCAAUACUUGUGGCAGUAUGUCUCUUGGACAAAAUGUUCAGCCAUCUGUGCUGGAGGCAGUCAAGUUCAAUCAGUUGUAUGCAAGAAACAAGGGGACAGCUCUACAGUUUUGAGCCAUUUGUGCAGCCCUGAAACUAAGCUCCCAGAGAGGCAAAGAGUGUGCAACACAGAGCCGUGCCCGCCGGCGUGGGUGAUUGGGAACUGGUCUGAAUGCAGCCGCAGUUGCAACCAGGGAGUUCGCACCCGGAGUGUGAUCUGCCAGCGCAAGGUCUCUGCCACCGAGCAGAAAACCCUGGAUGACUCCGUGUGUACCCUGCCACGCCCCCACAUGCUGGAACCCUGUAACAAUCAGACAUGCCCCCCAGAAUGGACAGCCCUUGACUGGUCUGAGUGCACCCCAAAUUGUGGGCCAGGUUUCCGCCAUCGGAUUGUGCUGUGCAAAAGUGGCGAUCACACCUCGACCUUGCCAACCUCCCGGUGUGCUGAGAACUCCAAGCCCCCCACCAGCAUCCGGUGCAGCCUCCGACGCUGCCCACCCCCACGGUGGGUGACUGGCGAAUGGGGAGAGUGCUCAGGGAAGUGUGGCUUCGGCCAGCAGAGGCGAUCGGUCCAGUGCAUGUCGCACACUGGACAGCCAUCUGUCGAGUGCCUGGAGACUCUAAGGCCUAUGACAAUGCAACAGUGUGAGAGCAAGUGUGAUUCUGGACCGACCGAAAACCCCGAAGAAUGCAAAGAUGUGAAUAAGGUCGCCUAUUGUCCUUUGGUGCUGAAGUUUAAGUUCUGUAGCCGGUCUUACUUCCGACAGAUUUGUUGCAAGACCUGCCAAGGGCAUUAAACCAUCAUGUGCUAUUGGUGCUGUGAGGAAACUGGAAAAGCCCGCGAGGGGCAGCUGUGCCAUUUUCACCCCGCUGCUGCCUGGCUGCCACCCUCCCCCAGAAUCAUCAACAAGUUCAAAGCAAGUGCUGCAGCCCUGUAAGGUCCUGCACCCUCCCCGUUCCUUAUGGACUUCCGUUAAACCACUGCUGACGUGUGCACUGAGGACGGGGUUGGGCGGGGGGAGACGGUCGAGUGCAAUGAAAGGCAGAUACGCCGAACAAGGUGCAGAUGAGUGUAUUACUUGAAACUCUGAUCUUAUUUAUUUUAGUAGUGCAGCCGAUGCUCCUGCAAAAGUGGUAUACCCUCCCCACACACAAACAGGGUGGAAUCAGUGCAGAUAACCAGCACCUCACUAGCGUUCUCCUUAUUUGGCUUCUUACUGUCAUUUCCAGAGAUCUUCUUGUGCUCUCUGGGGCAUCCUUUGGUGGGGCUAUGGAGAUGGCACGGAAAUGGGAUUUGGUCCCAAGAGCAGGCGCGAGGAAAGGGGACGGAGCGUUCUAAGUUGUAAUUUUAUGGCAGAGGAGAGAAUGUAGAGGGCAGAAAUCAGAAUGUUUUCCCAACUCCUGCUGGCAGAUCCGAGGCUUUUUAAUGAGGGCCAGUAGCUCUUCUUGGAUCUUUGAGCAGGGUUUUUAAUACUCAGAUGAAAAAUGGGAAGAUCUCAUGUAUUUCCCCCAAAUCUUGUCAGACUUGAAUCCAAAUUCUCCACUGAUCUGUUGUUUAACCAGGUUUGAAUGUCAACGUGAAAAUGUCAACAUGUAAGGAAGGGAGGAUUCUGAAUUUUUUUUUUAAAUUAGUUGUUUGCUGGACUUUGGUCACAACUCUUCAAGGUGCACUCUUUUGGUUCUUCUACAUGAGGACCGUCCCUUUUUUCACCUGCAGCUAUUCAAUUUAAUAAAUUACCAAACUGGUGCUUCCUUUUCAUUGUUAUAGCUCAAGUUUAAUUUUAUUUAUUUUUUAAGUAAUAAGAGGGUGUUCUCCUUGAUGGCUUCCUAUGCAUUAUGGACUCCAACUUUAAAAAAAAAAAGUUCCAGUGAUUCCUAUUUUUGAAGCUGCUGUCUCACAAGUACAUUUUUUGAGGGAAGGGUCAGAAUGAAUUAUUUUCUGGUGUCAUCCAGGGAUGAUUCUAAAUGCAAGAUUCUGUGUUGAGUCCUGUUCAUUUGAUGUGACUUAGAAAUGUUCUCUUGGCAAAUUGACUCUUGAUGGUUCAGACCUGCGGUCCUUGGGAUGCACCCUUCCAAAUUAAAGGGAUGUGCAAGGAUCCCCUGAAUCUAUGUUGAUUUUUGCUUUAAGUGGUGCUUUGGUUAAAAAAAAAAAAAAAGAUAAACCCCCCCCCCAGGUAUUGCUAGUCUUAUUUAAAGUAAUUUGGUUUCUUACUAAAAGCUUUGAAUGUUUUUGCCUGAAGGGAAACCCCUCAAACUAUCUUCAGAGUUUACUUUAGGCAAAACUUCGGUGGCUCACCUCACCUGGACCCCAGGGGUAUUGGUCUGUAGCUGGACAAAUUCCUUGCCGUCUUCCUUCAAUGAAUGCAUCCCUGGUUGGCUAGUGAGAGUGUCUUUUAAUUUUUGUGUUUUCCUGCACAGGUGGAGCAUUUUGUACCUUUGCUUAAGGGCAGGAAUGGUUUUUCACCAUUUCAUAUAUAAAUAUAUACAGAUAUAUUGUAUUAUUAUAAUUAUGACUGAUAUUAUAGAAAACGUUUUUUUAAAAAUCCUAUUUUCCAAAAUGAGAGACUGAGAAAGAGAGAGAGAGAGAGAGAGAGAAAUUACAGCAUGAUUUUACA